AGCACCGGGACGGGGAAGCUCCAGAUGGCGUGCAGAGACACAACCCGACAGCAGAACGGCAAACACCCCGGCAAACACCCCGACAGGGAGAACGCUCAGCACUUCCGCUCGCUUCUAUCUCCUGCCUCCCUCAUCCCCCAACAUUCCGUCCAGCGAAGACUGCCCCAAGGAGACUGCCUCCCGCUUCCGCCGUCCGCUACUCUCAGUGGAACCCCGCGAAAUCGAUAGCCUGCUGAUGCAGCUGCGCUCCAGCCCCGUCGCGAUAAUGUGUCACCGGCGAAGAGGCCGCGGUGGCUGCGCGGGGAAAAAUCUGGGGAAACGCCCGGCACAGCCCACUUCUGGCGGCCGAGGUCAUGCGCGCGGCGCAAGCGCCGCUGCAGCCUGCGUGCCGCUUAGCUGCCCGUUCCGGUCCCCGUGCCCGACUGCAUGCAUCUUCCGCCCUCCAUCUUCUGCGUUGCGCCAUGCGCAUUCCGGCACGCUGCACACUGCACGUCGCACUUUACAGACUAUCUGCUGCACAGAGGCUCGCCGGCGGCUGCGGGGCCACACAGCCGUGUGUCGGGGCGGAGGACACGUAGUCCCGAUGGCCGUUUGCCGCUGUGAAAGGGGGGAGCGGGAGCACGGGGAGGAAGAUCGGACGGUGUGACGUAAUCCGGGGCACCGAUGGCGUAGCACCCGGUCCGGCUUUAGCUUGCGGAUCGGAGUAUAUGCAAUUGCUAGGGCAGGCUAGCGGGCGCUAGCUCGUGCUAGCUCGAGCAG